AUGCGUCAGCGUGUCGGUGCGCCGGGUCAGGGGUCAGUCCACAAGAUGGCGGCGGCGGUGACCUUCUGCCGGCUGCUGGGCCGGAGGGGCACGGCGGCGCUGAACCCGCCCCGGGGCGCCAGGUGUUUGGCGGUGCGGACGUCGCCGACCGGGGAGAAGAUUACGCACACCGGGCAGGUCUAUGAUGAUAAAGACUACAGGAAAAUUCGGUUUGUGGGUCGUCAGAAAGAGGAGACUUCCCAAGGCGGCCAUGCUGGUUUCUGCUCGGAUCCACCCACACCCUGCUCCCCGCCAACGCCAGCCGUCUUGAAGCAGGUCGCUGACAUGGUUCCGUUGAAUCGAGUUCCCCAGUGCAUAUGGAUCCCCAGGAGGUGCUAAUGUGACUAGAGCAUCAGUAUCACACGGGAGAUUACAGCGAUCUUUAAGGUGUCGCCCCCUCCCCCCAGACACAUACAAACUCUCCCUUUACCUCCUUGGAACUCACCUGUCAAAGGACCCGGGUCAUUUUCUCCUGUGGAGUCGCCCACAGCUGGGCCCUUCGUGGGGUUUGGUGCCUUCGUUCCUGGGGUGUGGAACCGGGGUUGGCUGUAGCAGCUCCGUCAGAUCAGACUCGUCAGGUCAGACUCUGGUCCUCUGUGCUGAGGUUACUGCGUGGCGGCGUAGGGCGCUUCCAUCGAGGCUUGGUGCAGGUUCCGGGGCAGUGGCCGAGCGUCUCCGCACAGGGUGGAGGGCAGUGCUGUCUUCCCACUUGCGGAAAGACACUUUGGUUGGCCAGAAGAAAGUAGAAGGAAUAUCGAUUUUUUCCUUUUGUUUACCAGUUUUUAAAAUGAGGUCAUUCCCUAUGGUGAGGUAUUUAUUGAAUUUUAAAAUCUGUGAAAUCACAGAUUUCAGCAUAUUUGUUGGGUGUUGGUCCCUGCAGUUGCAACCCCGUCGUCCCUCCAGUGCCCCGGGUUGUCCCGUAUUGUCCUGUUAGGUGUGGACGUGGCCGUGGGCGUCUGCCAGAGCUUCCUUGCCCCUGUGACCACGGAGGGGCCUCUGCUGGUGGGGACAGUCAGCCCUGGGCGCCCGUCUCCGUGUCAUUCCUCACGUGUCCCAGCGGGCGGAGCGAGGCACGGGUCCACGAACAGAGCCAGUGCUAAAGCCACGGUACAGUGUGAGGGGUCUGGUCUGCACAUUAGGUACAGACCAGGGAGGAGUGUUUGUAGUCCGGUUCCUGCACCGUUUCUGUAAGUGUGAAAUUGUAACGAAAUGGAAAGUUACGCGUGUGUGUGUAUGCGCGUAUUAUGUGUGUAAUUUGAAGAUCUGCAGCGAUAAUAGACGAGAACGUAUGGAAUGUGCCUGUGCAGGUAGGACCUGAGAGUGUGGGGGGCGUUGUCUACAUAAACUUAAAUUCCAUGAAAUUAUCUAGCUUUUGUCCUUGGAUUCAUGAGUUUUUCUUUUCAU